AUGCUGAACGCGAUGCUGCGCCGGAGCCGUGCGGACGGCACGGGGUUCAAGUCAAUGGCCUCGUUGCCAGGUCGAACUCAAGUAUCAAAGACACCGAUAGCAUCCCGCCGAUCUCUAUUCCGUUCCUUACACACUCCUGCUCGACGACCUGUCCCUCAAUGGCGCACCUUGGCAUUACCCUCGAGGCCGAUCCGUUUCAAAUCCGAAAUCGCAGCUAAGGUCGAACCUAGCCGAGGAUCUACUGUUCUAAAUGCUGUACGCAAGGUCUUUACAUACUGCGGAUUCUUCAUAAUCUCCUCUGGGUUCGUAGUCGUGGCCUUCUUCCUUUACGAUGCAAGUACAUACCGCGACACUAGAGGUGGGGCAGACAUCCCGGUUUCAGAAUUGGCACUCAAUCCCCGACGCGGAGGCCCAAAGAACUUGCCCAUCGCUGAUGUGCUGGUUGGAGAUUAUGAUUCGGAGGCUAUGCUUCGGCAGAAGGACAAACCUCGUCUGGUUAUUCUAGGAACGGGCUGGGGAAGCAUUGGGCUCCUUAAGAACUUGAACCCUGCUGAUUAUCAUGUCACCGUUGUUUCUCCUACUAAUUACUUCCUAUUUACCCCCAUGUUGCCUUCCGCUACGGUGGGAACUUUGGGUCUUCGCUCGCUGGUUGAGCCUGUUCGGCGCAUUAUUGAUCGGGUCAAUGGUCAUUUCCUUAAGGGCUCGGCGACUGAUGUUGAUUUCUCUGAGAAAUUGGUGGAAGUAUGUCAGGUUGGCCCGGAGGGCGAAAAGAAGAACUUCUACCUUCCUUACGACAAGCUUGUUAUAGGUGUCGGCUGUGUAACGAAUGCACACGGCGUGAAGGGUCUCGAACACUGUAACUUCCUGAAAACGAUCGACGACGCUCGUAAAAUCAAGAAUAAGGUGCUAGAGAAUAUGGAGCUGGCUUGUCUUCCCUCUACCACUGACGAAGAGCGCAAACGCCUGCUGUCCUUCGUGGUGUGUGGAGGUGGUCCAACGGGUGUCGAAUUUGCUGCAGAGCUGUUCGAUCUUUUGAACGAAGACCUACUCCAUUCUUUCCCCCGAAUUGUUCGAAACGAGAUCUCUGUUCACAUCAUCCAAAGCCGCACCCACAUCUUGAACACUUAUGAUGAGGCACUUUCUCAGUAUGCCGAGAGUCGAUUUGACCGCGAUGGCGUUAAUGUUUUGACCAACGCCCGUGUCAAGGAAGUCCGUGGGGACCGGGUUCUUUUCUCCCAGGUGGAAGAUGGCAAGACCGUCAUCAAAGAAAUCCCGACUGGAUUCUGCUUAUGGUCCACUGGUGUUGCCCCCGCCCAGAUUGCAGAAACACUUGCCAAAAAGUUGGAGGGUCAAAACAACAAGCAUGCACUUGAAACCGACUCUCAUCUUCGCCUGAUUGGUGCGCCCUUGGGCGACGUCUACGCAAUUGGUGACUGCUCAACAGUCCAGAACAACAUUGCAGAUAACGUCAUCAGGUUCCUUCGCACCAUCGCGUGGGAGAAAGGCCGCGAUCCCGAGAAAGUGCAGCUCACUUUCUCUGAAUGGACCGAAUUCGCCAGCAAAGUGAAGAGGCGGUUCCCGCAAGCUUCGAGCCAUCUCCGCCGCCUCGACGUCCUCUUCGAACGGUACGAUAAGGACAACUCAGGCACUCUCGACUACGGCGAGCUGUCCGAACUCCUGCAUCAAAUCGACACCAAGCUCACCUCACUGCCUGCCACUGCCCAGCGCGCUAACCAGCAGGGCGUAUAUCUGGGCAUCAAACUUAGCAAGAUGGCCGCCGCCCUUCCCGGCCUCAAGGCUAACCACAUCGACUAUGGUGACCUCGACGAUGCCGUCUACAAGGCCUUCAAGUACAAGCACCUCGGAAGCUUAGCGUACAUUAGCAACGCCGCCAUCUUUGACUUCGGUGGUAUGAGCUUCAGCGGUGGUGUCAUUGCUAUGUAUCUCUGGCGUAGCAUCUACUUUGCCGAAAGUGUCAGCUUCCGCACGCGGUGCAUGCUGGCCAUGGACUGGGGAAAGAGAGCGCUCUUUGGAAGAGAUCUCAUGAGCUUCUGA